AUGAGCGCCCCAAGAGUGCUCAACCAAGUCUACCGCUUCGCCAUCCCCACCGCCAUCGCCUUCUCCUUCGCCAGCGCCAGCAUCUACGAUGUCAAAGGCGGCACCCGCGCCGUCAUCUUCGACCGUCUACGGGGUGUGUCAGAGAACGUCGUGAACGAAGGAACGCACUUCCUGGUACCAUGGCUGCAAAAGGCGAUUACUUUUGAUGUGCGCACGAAGCCUAGGAACAUCAGCACGACGACCGGGAGCAAGGACUUGCAGAUGGUGAGCUUGACGCUGAGGGUGCUGCAUCGGCCUGAGGUCGGGAUGUUGCCGAAGAUAUAUCAGAACCUGGGCCAAGACUACGACGAGCGCGUGCUCCCCUCCAUCGGCAACGAAGUCCUCAAAGCCAUCGUUGCCCAGUUCGACGCCGCCGAGCUCAUCACCCAGCGCGAAGCCGUCAGCAACCGCAUCCGCGCCGACCUGCUCAAGCGCGCUUCCGAGUUUAACAUCCAGCUCGAGGACGUCAGUAUCACGCACAUGACGUUCGGCCGGGAGUUCACGAAGGCUGUAGAGGAUAAGCAGAUCGCGCAGCAAGACGCCGAGAGGGCGCGGUUCAUUGUUGAGAAAGCGGAGCAGGAGAGGCAGGCGAAUGUCAUCCGCGCUGAGGGGGAGAGCGAGGCGGCGGAGGUGAUUUCCAAGGCAGUGGCGAAGAGUGGUGAUGGUUUGAUUCAGAUCCGACGGAUUGAGACGCAGAAGGAUGUUGCGCAGUUGUUGGCGAAUAACCCGAACGUCACUUACUUGCCCGGUGGUGGGGCGGGAGAGGGUGGGAAGGGGAAUGGUGGACAGGGUGGGAACUUCUUGCUGGGGAUCGGGCGGUAG